GUUUUGAAGUGCGCCUCUCUGGCUAUCCCACUGAUUCUCUUGAUAAGUUCCGUUGGCUUUGCCUUACAACUCUUUUGCAUGCGUCACGCCACCUCGACAGCCAAAGACCGCAUAUGUAGCAAAAACACCAUGGAUUUUGUUCCAGGUCCCCGUGCACCCAAGCUGCCACAUGUCCAGAUUCCAUUCACAUGUGCAAUUGACGAUCCUCUGGAUUUUCCAUACGAGCUUGCAUGGAAUGGGUGAGACUUUCUUUUUCCACUCUGGCAAAUGUCAGGUACCCACACGGAUGCAAUGAGGUCCAACGUCAUUCGGGAUUCCGUAAAAUCAAUGCAAAUCGACCCAGGCCAUUAUGCAAACGAAAACCCACCCAUCGCUUUAGACCUUCGACAUAGGGUCAUUAGAGACCGCUCCGCGCCUGGAUAUUAUGAUAUCAGAGAUCAAACACAGGUUAAACUGAAUUCCUUCCAACAGCGAGCCAAUGGCGCCGGAUGGUUCCGCGACUUCCCGUGCGAAGAAUACGGGAUGCCGAAAGAAAUACUCAGAGCUGAUUGGAAUUCCCCGUCAUAUCUCGAGGCAUGGCAUCUCUUCUCCCCCCAAAAGACAGCCAUUCUCAUCCAAGACUGGCUAUACUUCGCCCUUCUUGGCGAGGUGUUAGGAAGAUUUGUGGAGUACAACGAGUUCAUUGCUCGUGUGCGACCGCCGAUUGAGAUACAAGACCUUAAAGACACCAGCGCUAGAUGCAUCAUAGGUCCCAGUGGGGAAGAACGGCACCAAAUCUCCACCAACCGCUUCUUCAAUGAUGAGUGGAAAACGUGGCCGCGAAUGCUGGUGGGUCUAGAUGAUGAAGAUCGCAAGGCACGCGUCGAAGAGAUCAUGAACGCGCUUCACCAGGCUCGCAAGUUUUGCUUACUGGAAGACUCUGGCCAAUUGUCCCACAUCCCUUUCAUCUCGGAGCUCGCUCUGUCUAUCCGGACAUUGGGACUACUUUUCGAAGACGUUUGCUGUGACCAUCCAUCAUUGUUCCCUGUAAUGAGGCGAGGUCUUGGUACGGAAAUAUGGGGGCAGGGCUCUCUAUUGAGGCAGAGAAUGUCGCUCACAACUCCUGGCUAUCUCUCACAUGAGCCUAUUGUUCACAGUAUAAAGCAAUCAUGGUGUCCGAAUGACAUCGCACGACAGAGCAGGGUACUUCCAGCGACAGCAAUGUACUACAUGUCCUCCAUGUCGGUUCCUAUGGAUGCAAGCAAGGAAGCCGUAGUGGCAAGACCAUUGACCGAGAAAAGCAAAGAUCAUACCUCCUGCACUGAACAGAGCUGUUUCAUGGAUAACAUUGAGGUGGAAAAAUACGAUACAGAACACUUCUCGUGUUGUGAUGGAACCUGUGGCCUGGUGGGUCCAGAUAUCGCCAAAGUAGAAGAAGUGCUACGUCGCGGGCACAUUCCUCUUAUUCGAUUCUUGCCAGCGGGUCCGCGUCACGGUUUAUUCACUAAUAUCGUGCGCGACAUGCAACUCGUCGGGCAAAGCCGCAUCUCGGCUUACGCUCAAGCGUUGGCUUUGUCUGAGAAUAUCAAGUAUCACCAACCAGCAGUCGCCGCGUAUGGACCAGAGUGGGCGCCAAAGUACACAGCUAAGUCUCUGGGAUUGCUAGGUACCUAUGAACAGCUAAGUCUCAAUGAGUUGGAAUGGGAGUUUGAGGUGCUCGAGUACAAGCCGGGAGACGACACUCCAUCCCUGGCCCUGUCGCACGUUUGGUCAGAUGGUUUGGGAGACACGAAAGGUAACAAAUUACCUCGAUGCCGCAUGACAUUUCUUCAGAGAGCAAUCUGGCUAGGCAAAACACCUGUGAGUAUACCGAAUUCUAUACCUGACAGUCACUUUGAUGAGAAUGGGCGAAGCGUCAUGGAGUGCGAAGACACAUGGGCUUGGGUCGAGCACAACGAUUUCAAACGACUGAUUAACGAGCCCGUCAUGCCGUUCUGGUUGGACACAUUCUGUGUCCCGAGAACCUCCGAGGCUGCACGCACCGAAGCACUUCGGCUCAUGGGACGCACGUAUGCUGCGGCUAGUAGUGUGCUUGUUUUGGACCAGGAAUUCUGCGGCUCUUCCAUUGGGGGUCACGGACUGAUUCGUAAAUCCAGAGCACUCACAAAUGUUGAGGCGGUAGCGCGCAUCUUGGCUUCGAGGUGGAUGCGGCGUCUGUGGACGUUACAGGAGGGGCUCUUGGCGAAGAAACUCUUACUUCUCUUUUCUGAAGGUGCCGUUGAUAUUGACCAUAUCAUUGCCGGCGUCAAGCAGUAUGCCGACAACAACGAGCCAGGACACGUCGCUGCAGGCCAGCUUGCCCGUGGUCUUGAGUCUAUGAUAGAUUUCAAGGAAGUCGACCUGUACGGGCGCCUGAUUCGUGUUUGGAACGCGUCCAUCGGACGAACGACAAGUCGACCAGGCGACGUGCCAAUCUGCAUGGCGAGUACUAUUGGACUAGAUGCAGGAGUGUUGCAUACCAUACCUGCGGAACAUCGCGUGACCAGAUUCUACACCCUGCUCGAAGAGAUUCCACAAUCCAUCAUAUUCAGUGGCGCAGAGAAGUUAACAGAACCUGGCUUUCGUUGGGCAGACAGAUACCUCGCGACAGAGUUCCUCGAGACACAAUCCGCACAAGGGCGGAUACGACAUGACUCACCAUGCCUUGAGGUCACGUAUAACACUUACUUCCUGAAUCUCAAUCUCAGCGACCGAAUCCAUAGCCUGAUCCUCGAGGCCGGCCAGAAUGUGACACUGACCGUUGGAAACAUCAUGGACGCAACCAGAAAAGAAGGUGCACAAGCCUAUCUCAUACUGUUAGAACGACCUUGCAUCUACAAAGCAGAAGAACACUGGAACCCUAUUAAAAUUAUAAUCUUUACACAGACUUCACAGAACCUCUUAAGAAACCAGGAGAAGCCUCUUAAAAACAUUAGAGCCUACCUCCAAGCGACACUCACGUUUAGAGCCCCACUCGUCUUUUCCCCACGGUUCGGCCUGCUCUCGCUUCUACUUUAGGCCUUAGCCCGGUUCCUGCCCCUUUUGUUCCCCUUUUGGGCUUAGCUUAACCUCUUAGCAGAACUGCUAGAUAUGCUCAAGAACUCUGCAUGUAGCAGCGAUACUGCCUUCUGACUGUCUUCGCAUGUAUCCGUAAGUCUUUAAAUGGGGGGUUAAAGUCUCCAGUCCGCCUG